AUGGGUAACAAAAACUAUCGCGGUCGCGCCACCAAAAUUCCAACUUCUAAGAAAUACACGGAUGCAAAGUUGGCGGCAGAGAAGACCCGCGAAGAGGCUCAAAGACUUCUUGAACAGAACAAAAAAUUGACCAUUGCUUAUGAGCUACACACCAAGCAAGUUGAAGACAAGCAGUAUGUGCGAGACUUCGACUACUCGACCCUUCCCCAACACUGGGCACUACAAGUCAAGAAAGAUAGCGGAACACCUAAGUUGUUCAUUCAGAUUGAUAUCAUUCAUCCAAAUCGUACUGCUAAGGAGGUAGACUUUCUUCACAUCCUUCCAAAGUACGCACCAAUGAUUAGAAAUGUUGAAUUUCUUCUCAUCGCUCCGUCAUUCAACAGCUCGGUAGAGGUCUAUAGCCUUCGAAUUAAGAAUAUGAUCAAGACUAUCAAUAUUCUUAAUACAUUUCAUCUCAAAAAUCUUCAUUUUAUCAUCUCCGUCAAUAGACCAAAUAAUUUUAUGCAAAUUAAGCUUGCUGCGGCAUGUUUCGGCUUGAAAUUUGAUAAUUGGACAAUGGGUACAGCAGUAUUUGGCGACAAGCAGAAGGAAAUGAAUGUGGGAGUUCGGAGUUCAAUUGCUCGCAGAUUAGCUGGUGUAAGUCAACUACCCCACUUUCCGACCACCCCCUCUUUUCGACCACCUCAAAAACCACACCGCUUUGAGUAA